AUGGCUGCAGACACUGAAGAUUUCGAAAUGAUUUCCCUUAUUCCAUUCCUUACUAAAUAUAAGAUUAUUCGUGUUCUUCCCCCUGUUGUUCCUAGCCGUCAAGUGAAAGCAAACUCCUCAACAUGGGAGGCAUCGGGUGAGACAUUAAACAACAUUGACCAUGAAGCAAUGGCUGUUGACCCUGCACUUGUAUUAACCAUCCAGGUUAUGUUGACUGACUUUGGGGUAGCAAAGCAAUUUGAUGAAAGCACAAGGUUAAAUUCCAUGUGUGGGACAUUAGAAUAUAUGACACCUGAAAUUGUACAAGGAAGGGGCCAUGAUAAGGCCACUGAUUGGUGGAGUGUUGGAAUUUUAAUGUAUGAAAUGCUUUCUGGAAAGCCUUCGUUUAGAGGUGGAAACAAACAGAAGAUUCAGGAGAAAAUAGUGAAGGACAAGAUAAAGCUUCCAGGAUUCUUGUCAAGUGAAGCACAUUCGCUUUUGAAAGGGGUAAUGUUGGAUUCAUCUCUUGAAGCUCACAUAAAGUUUUUAGAAUCUCUUUGUAUUGCUGGUAUUAGUCACCAUAGUUUGAUGUUCUCCAAAAUUGCUCCAGUGCCAGUCAUGCAAGAUUUUGAACUGAGAAGACUUCCUGCUGUUACAAGGGACUUGAAUAGGGGUUUUUCUGAAUUUGUAGUGAUGGCUACAGACACUGAAGAUUUUGAAAUGAUUUCCCAUAUUCCAUUCCUUGCUGAAUAUAAGAAUGUAGCAUAUGUUUUUGUUCCUUCAAAAGAAGAAUUGGGGAGACCAUGUGGAGUUAAAAACCCAGUGCUUUCAUGUUCGUUGACCAGCAUUGAAAGAAGUCAACUAAGAUCCCAAAUACAGCAACUCAAGCAUGAUACAACCAAGGAUUGUAUUAUGUUGAGGAUUAUUCGUGUUCUUCCUCCUGUUGUUCCUAGCAGUCAAGUGAAAGCAAACUCCUCAACAUGGGAGGCAUCGGGUGAGACGUUAAACAACAUUGACCACGAAGCAAUGGCUGUUGACCCUGCACUUGUAUUAACCAUCCAGGUUGGCAGUUGUCAUUAA